AGCUGCUCCUACGUCACAACGUGAUGACGCAGCGCGAUUGUGGAGAAGACUGGGCUUCACUCUCACAAUAUACUUGAAAUUAUUUUUCAACAUUUUUUUUUUCAUCACAGUGCGAAUGACAGUCCGAGAGGGACACAGACACCUUUCAUGUAGUGUAAGCCUUCGAAGAAUCGACUCAUGGAGGUGGUGGACAGCCCGCUCAAUCUUGCCCAUCAGCAGUGCAGGAAGGCGGACCGUCUGCUAGCGGCUGGAAAGUAUGAAGAGGCCAUCUCAUGCCAUGGAAAAGCAGCCGAUCUUUUGACAGAUGCAAUGAAGACAGAAGUGUGUGAGCAGGCUCGCCUGUCCAUGGAGCUGCAGAGAGACAGUCACAUCAAACAUCAGCGACUAAUCCAAGAGCGCUGGAAGAGAGAGGCUCGUCGUGAGGCCACAAAGGUUCGACCUGGCCAGGUGCAGCCUUCCAGCGGCCCAGUCCUUCUUACCCAGACCCAGUCCACAGGGCAGUCCCAGCCCCAUGGCACCACAGGCCUCUCAGCUGCAGAGUGUGGAGGAAUCAGGGAGAGAGAGUACGACACCUUGCUCUACCAGCUUCAGACACGGCAAAAUGGAGGCUGCCAGCCUUUGACUCCACCAUGCCCUGGAUCUAAGACAACCAAAGAUGACAAAACUCGCCUGGAAGAACAACAGACCACGAUCGAGGACCUGCGGCGCCUGGUUGACCAGCUGAUGAAUGACAACCAGCGGCUGGUGGCCGUCAACAAGCGGCUACAAUCAGAAAACGCCCGUCUGCGCUCCGAGGCAGCUGAGGCAGCGGACUUUGUCGAGCGCUCUGAGCUCUGGGUGCUCCCACAAGCAGGUGGUGUUAUGGGAACUGGGGUUGGGCAGGAGAGGAAAAGCUCAGGGAAGGGGAAGGAGAUUGCAAUUCCACAGCUGCCACCACUGGAGAUGCCAGCUCAGGAAGAUCUGUGUCUGGAUGACUUGCCUCCUUUGGAGCUGCCAGAGGACAUCCAGAAUGAACUACAGGAGCUGCUGGACAGGGACAAACUGUGAUAAGGGACAUGUCUCUCUCUCUCUCUCUCUCUCUCUCUCUCUCUCUCUCUCUCUCUCUCACACACACACACACACUCACUCACUCACGCACACACACAAAUCAUUGACAUCUAAAACCAGAGACUCUCCUCAGACCUCUGCUCAUGUUCAAACUAGAGUCAAUCUCACAGUUUUGGGCAGAGAUCUAUAAUCAGGCAGAUUGUAUGAUAACAUCUUUACCACUAAUAGAAUUUAAGGCCUUAUGUCUAAGGUCCAUAUGUAUACAGAUAUUUUUAUUCAUUGAUUUUUUUCCUCCAUGUUUUCCUUUGACAAGUAUCUCUGUACACAUGAGAAGGCAAAAACAACUUGAAACACUUAAACAAGCAGUUGAAAAACGAGCAUGUGUAUUAAGCUGCUUUUGUUUAAAUAAAGUGAUCCCAAACCGUAGAAAACCUCUAAAUUAAGUCGUACUCUUGUAAUUUCACGUAGCAGUGCUAAUAUAACAUGAACAAAACAGUAGUCUUUCAUUGUUGUUCUUUCAUAUGUAUGUUGAUGACACAACAAUCUGCGUGUCUGAGAGGAGGUGAGGAUGUUAUCAUACAGAUUUUUGUGACAAAAACUCUACAUUUUGCUGACCUAAAAUGCUGUGUGCACGUGAACAAGAGGCGAAAAUGCAGACAAAAAUGAUUGUUUUGCAAAAUCUCUGUGUACAUCAAGAUAAAGCCUUGGUCAGCUAUUAAUGGAGUAGCUCACCCACAGCAUUAACUUCAGUGAGGAUGUAUGUCAGUAUGUCAUACAGUGAGUUAGUGCUGUGCGAUAUAUACAAAAUGUUGUAUCCUGAUAGAGCUAAUUUUAUAUCUGCGUCUGAUGUAACGUUACUAGUAAUGUUAUUUUCAUCUUCCAUUGCACUCUACUCCGUCUCCGCCAUGCUGCUUUGCCGCUGUUUAGUCCUGAGCAACCGGUGUAGUAAAUGAGCCCUUGCAGGUGACGUAAAAAUGCCGCCACAAAGCAGUAGCGUUGCUGCAGUUACAUUUGCCUUUGUACAAUAAACUUGUUUUGAACUCAAAAUUUUGAUAUCCAACGGUCAUUCUGACAUUAAGUUGUGCUUUACGGUGUAUUAAAUCACAACCGUAGUGUACAUUAACGUUAGUGUAGUGACAGUGCUAAACAAGUAGCCUGCACGUUAAAACUACUAUAUAAACAACAGAGGAUUAUAUCCUAUGGUAGACAUUUUUAUAUCACACUAUGACAUAUAUCAUAAUAUCGCACAGCUCUACAGCGAGUUCUGUAUCAGCUUUCAGGAAACAACUGCAGUAGUAAGAAACAUUGGCCUUUGACAAAAUACUGUGUUUUCACUCAAGGUUUGCAUCAGUUAUUUACAUAAAGUUUAACAGUUUCUAGAAAUGUUAGUGCAAGCCAACAUGUGAUCAUGUUAGAAGCUGCUGGAAAUAUCGUAUUAAGGAGAAAGGCGUGUGUGAGUGCGUGCCUGCAUGUGUGCGUGCAUGUGUGCGUGCAUGUGUGCGACAGUGUGUCUGUGAGAGACCAGCACAAGUAGGCUUCAGGAUCACUGUAGGACAGUGAUUCAGUGGCUACAGAGAUUGAUUAGUCAACCCUAUUCAUUAGAUGAUUAUGUAGUUUAGUAAAUCUAAUAACAGAAGGGAAUUGUUUUGUUAUUAUGAAUGUCAGAGUGAUUUUCUAUUACCUUUUUGGACUUUAUGGAAUUUCUAUUCCAUAUAUUCACUUUUCAUUGACUAUGAAUGGAAGAAGAAAGAAAUAGCAGCAGUGUGAGCUGUUAAAACACACCACUGCCUUACUACUGGACCUGCCUGUUUCUGUCUGAAUAUCUAUCUUUGUUCAAAAUCCUCUGACAUGAUUAGUGUCUAGUUUUUAGUUCAUGUUCUUCCAUGAAGAUAAUCUUAGUGAAAUAGUUCAAUUUCAGAAGACUUAAUGUGCUACUCAAGUACAUUUAUGGUUAUUGCUUAUGUUUUGGUCUUUCAUUAGAACAUAUUUCCAGCAGCCUCAGCUGUUUUGGAGAAUGUUGAAAUACAGCAGCACCAGCACACUCAUGUGAUGUUACACUGACAUACAAACUCAACUCUUUCUUCUCACAUGAAGGUGAGUAGAUGAGCUCUUAAUGUUGAAUUUGUGGAUGAACUGUUCAUGUGGGGCGUCAUUUGAACCUGUCAGCCAUUUAUGAUGUCAGAGGUAUUGGUCCAACUCUUACCACACACGCGUAGAUAAGGUUCAUGUGCCAUGUGAUUAAUAAACAGAAAAGCAUAUUGCUGUUGUUGUGGAAAAACUAAAUAGCUGCAUUUUUUCUGUUAGCAAAUUUGAAUUAAAGACUUCAAUAACUGUU